UCUGACUGUGUCCAAUGGCGGACUAGUUGCGUACUAUCUCGUUGCUGUUGAGAAUCUCUGCUCAUCGACAACAUCCGAACUGCAAUCGAAGAUUAAUUCAUUUGAUUAUCAACUUCAAUUAAACUAAAGUUGUUUGCAUAAUGUAUGAACAAGAAGAUGAGAUAUACGAUGAGGACGAAUCUGACGAAAUCACCCCCGAUCUCUGGCAGGAGGCAUGUUGGAUCGUUAUUAGUUCGUACUUUGAUGAGAAGGGUUUAGUGAGACAACAACUUGACUCGUUUGAUGAGUUUAUUCAGAUGUCUGUACAGCGGAUAGUGGAAGACUCCCCACCUAUAGAGUUACAAGCAGAGGCUACACACACAACAAUCGAAGUCGAAGUACCGACGAGGUAUAUACUGAAGUUUGAACAGAUUUAUUUAUCAAAACCUACACAUUGGGAAAAAGAUGGUGCACCAAGUCCUAUGAUGCCCAAUGAAGCAAGACUCAGAAAUCUGACGUACUCUGCACCUCUAUAUGUGGAUAUCACCAAAACUAUUGUGAAAGAAGGAGAUGAACCACAGGAAACUCAACAUCAGAAGACGUUUAUCGGCAAGAUACCUAUCAUGUUACGGUCUACUUAUUGUCUGUUGAGUGGUCUGACUGAUCGUGAUUUGACAGAAUUGAAUGAAUGUCCUCUAGACCCUGGAGGAUACUUCAUCAUCAAUGGUUCAGAAAAAGUUUUGAUAGCUCAAGAAAAAAUGGCUACAAAUACUGUAUAUGUAUUCGCUAAGAAAGAUUCCAAGUACGCUUACACUGGUGAGUGUAGGUCAUGUUUGGAGCAUUCUUCCAGACCUACCAGUACACUAUGGGUGCAUAUGAUGGCAAGAGGAGGUCAGGGUGUAAGAAAGAGUGCUAUAGGACAGCGUAUAGUUGCUGCAUUGCCGUAUAUAAGACAGGAAAUUCCAAUCAUGAUAGUAUUUCGUGCAUUGGGAUUUGUCUCUGAUAGAGAUAUCUUAGAACAUAUUAUUUAUGAUUUUGAUGAUCCUGAAAUGAUGGAGAUGGUAAAACCAUCGUUGGAUGAAGCUUUUGUUAUUCAAGAACAGAAUGUUGCCUUAAAUUUUAUUGGUGCUCGUGGAGCCAGGCCUGGUGUUACCAAGGAAAGACGUAUCAAAUAUGCCAGAGAAAUCCUACAGAAAGAAAUGCUGCCACAUGUUGGUGUCAGUGACUUUUGUGAAACAAAGAAAGCUUACUUUUUAGGAUACAUGGUACAUAGGCUCUUAUUGGCUGCUUUAGGACGGCGUGAAUUAGAUGACAGGGAUCACUAUGGCAACAAAAGGUUGGAUUUAGCUGGACCGUUGCUAGCCUUCCUGUUUCGACAUCUCUUCAAGAAUCUUAUGAAGGAAGUAAGAAUAUAUGCACAGAAAUUUAUUGACAAGGGAAAGGAUUUCAAUUUAGAAUUGGCCAUCAAAACUAGAAUUAUCACCGAUGGGUUGAAGUAUUCCCUGGCUACUGGUAACUGGGGUGAGCAGAAGAAAGCUCAUCAGGCUAGAGCAGGUGUCUCACAGGUGUUGAACAGACUGACAUUUGCCUCUACAUUGUCACAUUUGCGUCGUCUGAACUCUCCCAUUGGUCGAGAUGGUAAACUUGCAAGGCCUCGUCAGCUUCAUAACACCUUGUGGGGCAUGAUAUGUCCAGCAGAAACACCUGAGGGUCAAGCUGUAGGACUUGUCAAGAACUUAGCAUUAAUGGCAUACAUCUCUGUAGGAUCACAGCCAAGUCCUAUCUUAGAAUUCUUGGAAGAAUGGAGUAUGGAGAAUUUAGAAGAGAUAGCAGCAUCAGCCAUCAAUGAAGCUACUAAAAUCUUUGUGAAUGGAUGUUGGGUUGGAAUACACAGAGAUCCUGAACAGUUGAUGAACACUCUAAAGAAACUCAGAAGACAGAUGGAUAUCAUUGUAUCUGAGGUAUCUAUGGUGAGAGACAUCAGAGAGAAGGAAAUCCGAAUCUAUACUGAUGCAGGUCGAAUCUGUAGACCUCUGCUAAUUGUAGAGAAACAGAAGUUAUUACUCAAGAAAAAACACAUUGAUAUGUUGAAAGAAAGAGAAUAUAACAAUUACAGUUGGCAAGACCUUGUUGCUAGUGGUGUUGUAGAAUACAUAGAUACGUUAGAAGAAGAGACUGUUAUGCUAGCAAUGACCCCAGAUGAUUUACAAGAGAAAGGCAUGGGAUAUUGUUCUACCUAUACACACUGUGAGAUCCAUCCAUCAAUGAUACUGGGUGUGUGUGCUUCUAUUAUUCCAUUUCCUGAUCAUAACCAGUCGCCUCGUAAUACCUACCAAUCAGCUAUGGGUAAGCAAGCGAUGGGCGUCUACAUCACCAAUUACCAUGUACGAAUGGACACAUUAGCUCAUGUACUGUACUAUCCACAAAAACCCUUAGUUACAACCAGAUCCAUGGAAUAUCUGAGGUUUAGGGAAUUGCCAGCUGGUAUCAAUUCCAUUGUUGCCAUUGCAUCAUAUACCGGAUAUAAUCAGGAAGAUUCUGUCAUUAUGAAUCUAUCAGCAGUAGAAAGGGGAUUUUUUAGGUCUGUCUUUUACCGCUCGUACAGAGACCAGGAAUCUAAGAAAGGGCUAGAUCAGGAAGAAGUGUUUGAGAAACCUGAUAGAGAAAGCUGUCAAGGUAUGAGAAUGGCUGUCUAUGAUAAACUAGAUGAUGAUGGUAUUAUUGCACCAGGAUCACGUGUAUCCGGUGAUGAUGUAUUGAUUGGGAAAACAGUCACACUGCCUGAAAAUGAUGAUGAGCUUGAAGGAACUACCAGGAGGUUCACCAAGAGAGAUUCAAGUACAUUUAUGCGUAGAACUGAGACCGGUAUUGUAGAUCAAGUCAUGGUAUCCAUCAACCAGGAGGGCUAUAAAUUUUGCAAGAUAAAAAUUCGAUCUGUUAGAAUUCCGCAAAUAGGUGAUAAGUUUGCUAGCCGUCAUGGUCAAAAAGGAACAUGUGGCAUCCAAUACAGGCAAGAGGAUAUGCCGUUUACAGCGGAAGGUAUCACACCAGAUAUUAUCAUCAAUCCUCAUGCUAUUCCCAGUCGUAUGACUAUUGGUCAUUUAAUUGAGUGUUUACAAGGCAAGGUAUCAGCUAAUAAAGGUGAAAUUGGUGACGCUACCCCAUUCAAUGAUACUGUGAAUGUACAGAAGAUAUCAAAUCUACUGCAUGAGUACGGCUACCACCUUAGGGGUAAUGAGGUUCUGUACAAUGGUUUCACUGGUAGAAAGCUAGGUACACAGAUAUUUAUUGGACCCACCUAUUACCAACGUUUGAAGCACAUGGUGGAUGAUAAGAUUCAUUCUCGUGCUAGGGGUCCAUUGCAGAUAUUAAACAGACAACCUAUGGAAGGAAGAUCACGUGAUGGUGGUCUUCGUUUUGGUGAAAUGGAACGGGAUUGCCAGAUAUCACAUGGUGCUGCUCAGUUCUUGCGAGAGCGUCUGUUUGAGGUAUCCGACCCUUACAGAGUUCAUGUAUGCAAUCUGUGUGGUCUGAUUGCCAUUGCUAAUCUUAGAAAUAACACAUUUGAAUGUAGAGGAUGCAAGAACAAGACACAGAUUUCACAGAUUCGUUUGCCAUAUGCCUGUAAGUUAUUAUUCCAAGAAUUGAUGUCAAUGAGUAUAGCCCCUAGAAUGAUGGUCUUACCGUAAUAUCUGCUACUCUGCUUUGAUGAAACUCAACUUGACUGUUGAUUGAUGGAGACGUGGAAUAGGAAGUUUGCAACAUACUUGUUUAUUGUGACAAAGUGUGGUACAUUUUGUCAGAUAUGUUGCAUUGCCUGUGAAGGAUUUGGAGCUAUUAACUUAUAUUAACAUUACAUUACAAUUUGUCAACUGCUUAACAUAAAAUUUGGUGUUUUUUAAAGUAAAUUAAAGUGCAUCAAGUAAAUGCACAAUGUCAUAAACUAGUUUUAGCUACAGUAGCUAAUUCUAUCGCUAUAUUGUUCUUAGCCAAGUUAAACCUUUUGUAGCGCAUUUGCAAAUCGUGAGAAAUAAAAAAUUACAAAAUUUUCUCUGAUUCAUGUACGAAAAUGCAAUGUACUACAUAUUGAGGAACAUGUUUUUCUGAUGUUUAAAUUGCAUUUAUGGGGGAGAUGACACUCUUUUAAAUGAUGUUCAUUUUUGCUGAAUAAAUUAUGGUUUGAAAUAAUUGCCAGGCAAGUCUAAAAUAAAUUCAACUCUGAGAAAGGGUUAGCAGAAAUCCAGGACCAAACUCAGUUGAUCAUGACAUUGGACUAUGAAUGCAACUGCCUUGAUUGCCCUUCAGCAUUUUUUUCCGAAUUUCUAUCAGACAUUUUUAGAAAUUAAAGUGUUGAAAUUGAAUGCCCUCAGAGUACUGAAGUUCAAGUCUUGUGACGCACAUUUGUGGACAACACAGCCAAUAUAGUGUAUUUUAGACAGGGGUGGGAAGUUGAAUUAACAAUCUAUUGUGAAAUAAAGCAACAUUUUUUCAUUAA